UUUCCCGCCGCCGGGGCAACCGGCACUAACACAGGGCGGCCCCGCCCGGCGGUGGCGGCGCGCGGCUGAGGUGCCGGCUCCGGCAAGCGUGGACUGCUUAUAAACUUUUGAUGUAGAAGAGAUAAACAAGGCUACUUCAAGCUUUUUAGUGUAGUGCAUUGUCGCACAGAUCCAGCCAUGCCUGUGGAAGGGAAAAGUGACCUGGAGAGGAUUGGCCUCUUCAGUGAAAUGAGUUAUAUUACCAUUGGAGAUAAAUACGUAUCACAUUACAUGCGCCCUUUUAAUGAAGCUGCAAGCAAGAACAAACAGAUGUUACCUGGGGGGUCCAAAACAAUGUCAGCUCUGCAGGCAGGUUAUUUUGAUCCUGAGUUUGUGAGAGUUUUCAAUGGUGAAGCCUACGCAGACCCUGUCCAGCUAAGAAGACGCUAUAGAUUGGCAGAAUCAAAGAAAAAUUUGGGCAAAGCUUUUCUUCCCAGUAAUGGAGACAAAUGGCCAUGUGGGCUUGGCAGCUUUUAUGGAACCAUAGGAGGUUCAUAUCCGUACUUCAGUCCACAAGUAAGAGACAAAGCAAGAUACGUUCCUCCUGGAAAGAAUUUUUAUACUAAUCCAGGAAAGAAAGGAACUGGAUACGGUUAUGCAAACCUGACCAUAGGUGAACAAUAUGAGCAUUUACCUGAUGAGUAUGAUUUAGCAAGAAUCAUCGCAAAGAAAGCGCAAGAGCAACAUAAACGGUUGUUUAAAGGAGGGCCUUUCAGGUUAAAUCUAUAUCCCCAGGAGUAUUUUGACAUGAAUCCCUAUUUUACUGACAAACCUUUGCCACCUGAGAAGAAACCACCUUCAGAGAAGCGAGUUGCACUACCUUUCAUACCAAGUUCUCCUGCUAAAAAGGCAGGGGGCAUGAAAGGAGGCACAUUUGACCCUUACCCAAGCCAUUCUGCUGAACCUUAUGUAGUUAAAGACGCUAAGGGUGUCACAUCUAGUAAAGAACGACAGAUUUUUCAUCCUCCUCCUGGACCAAAAAGCAGACCCGUUACAAGCGUAAUGACUUUAAAUGUGAAAAGAUCAUUAAAUGCAAAGAACUACAAGACUGCACAGCUGACAUUUUUUUAGGUAGGAGAGGUGAAAUGCAGGGUCCACGUUUUAGACUCUGAACUGUUAUCAAAGCUAUAAUAAAAAUGUGGAAAGCAGGAUUCAGGUAUACUGGGCAAUCCAGUCUGUUUAAUUAUUGGCAAUGUGAUCUUUUGUUUCUAAAUAUAAAGCUAUAAUUAUUUAAGAUAAUUUAUUAAGUUCAAGGCUGUAUUUUUAUAUACAUUUUCAUCUUAUUGCUUAACUGUACUUUUGAAAGGUACUUUCAGAAAACAUACUUUCUGGUUAGUAAUUUGGGUUGCAAAUUGACUACAUAUUGUAGUAGGAGAAGGUGCGUACAUUUUAAAGUGAGUAUCAGUGUAUGUCUUAACCAAGUUAGUCACAUGUGGCCCACAGUGAAACUAAGGUUAUUAAUUCUCUUUGAUAGAGUUGCAACUUGUACUUUAUUUACACUAUAAUUUUGAGUAAGAACUGUCUUAAAAAUGUGUAAUUUUUAUUUUUGAUGACCUUCUCAAAAUGACCAGUAUUGAGAAUGUUCAGAACCAGGCCACAAGCAGGCUGUUUAUGAAGGGAGGGAUCAUCUCUAUUUACCAGCAUCUAUUUCCUGACAACCAUAAGUGCUGCCACAUUUUCCAAGAGCAGCUUAAUUUCACUUUGCAUACAUGGAAGGUUCCUAACAAACCUCAUCUGUCUUUCAAAGUAGCUUCUUCUUAGAUGGCAUUGUCAUUCUAAAUGUACACCUUACCUCCAUCUUAAUUUUAAUUGGGUUUUUAUAUGUGGUCCAAGAAAUUUAUUCAUGUAAAUCAAAGCUAAUUUAUUACAAAAUUAAAAAAACCGCUCAGCAUUUAUUUAUCCCAAUUAUUACAUGAAGACAAAAUUUCUUUAUUCAUUUUUAUAAGAGAUUUAUCAUACCACUGUAGAAUAUUCAUGAAAUGGUAUCCUGACUGCUGUUCACAGGGUAAUAGUUUUUUAGAGAAAUUCCAGACUGGAUCUCACAUUUCCUGGCAUCAAUGAAAAUAAAAACAAGGCCAAGAACUGUUGGUCAUGUCUUCAAGCAUGUGUUGAAGCAUAAAACCCCUCACCUUGAAAUCAACAGGAUCCAACAAUAUUUAAAAAUAUCAGUUACUCAAGAAUUUUGAUGUUUUCUCUAUCCAUCCAAAGACCUAUAACAGAAUUUCUUCUUUCCUUGUUUAUACCUUGUAUUAGACAACAGUACUGGUGCUGACCUUGGGUACCUUAGUGUCCUCUUUCAGGAGCAUUUGCCAUGUUGUUCACUUGUGAAGUCUGCAGACACAGCAUUCCUAGGCAGACUGAACCAUACUGUACUUCCUAACUGCUCUUCUGAUGUAGUAUGGCUGAUGAAGACCAUUCUGAAGUUCUUUCUGUCUCUUCUCUUUUUGCAAUUGUUCCUCUUCUGUUUUCUUCUGUAUUUCAAUAAUCUUUUAAUUCACUUACAAGACUGAAAUACUGAAAGCUGAUUAAAAUGUGUGACACUUAAUUAAUAAAAUCAGUCCAGCUUGUUUGAGAAGGCGAUAGCGUAUGUGGACUGGCCUCGUGCGCUCAUCAUGGGAGCCAGUAACUUCACCUGAUACGUCCCCACCAGAAAAUGGGUGAUCCCAGGGAGCUGUCCCCCGAUCCUAGCUAGGACCUCAGUAUGUUGUUUUAACACAAGUAAUAAUUGUGUCCUUUGGCUUCUUGGCAGUACCUUUGAGCGUGAUGAUGAAAUUUAGAACUUUCUUAAAUUUCAUUACCCAGUUGUCUGAAGUAAGGAGGACAUUAGACAUUAGUUACAUGGUUUUCAUAAUAACAGCUUCCCUACAUCCUUACAGUAUAGAUAUAGCCAGUCACCUUUAUAACUGAUUCUGACUAUCUCAGGAGAGGGUACUUCAAAGACCCAAAAGGGUACCGACAGGCUUUUGGUAUUGCUGCCUUGGAGAUGGAGGAAAUUAAGCAGCUGUCCACCUUGCCUGGUCUCUCAGAGGAUCCUUCUGUUGUGGGGUUGCUGAAGGUUGAACAAGUGCCAGUUGUGACCACAACAGUGCACCGGCGGCAAUAUUGCACCACCCGAGACUGCCUGAUUCCCAUCCAUAAGGUGAUCCAUAGGCUGGAGAGCCAAGGAGUGAUCAGCAGGACCCGCUCAUCCAUUAAUUAGCCCCAUAUCGCCAGUGCGAAAGUCUGAUGGAGAGUGGAG